CCACCACAAUGUCAUGAUCCAUGGGUUUAAUGCAUUAUUCUAAGAGUUGGUAUAGCUAUCUUCUGAACAUUUAAAAAGAGAACAAAGUUGAAUUUGGGAAGCAUGAUCUGAACUGGUAUAAGCCUGCUUCAAUAUCUAUCUUUCUUGUCUUCAAAAGAAGAUGGGAAGAGCUCCUUGUUGUUCAAAAGUUGGGUUGCAUCGAGGUCCGUGGACUUCUCGCGAAGAUGCAUUGCUCACCAAAUAUAUUCAAGCUCAUGGAGAAGGCCAAUGGAGAUCACUUCCAAAAAGAGCUGGGCUUUUGAGAUGCGGAAAAAGUUGCAGACUUCGAUGGAUGAACUAUCUGAGACCGGAUAUAAAGAGAGGAAACAUAACUCCUGAUGAAGAUGAUCUUAUUAUAAGAAUGCAUUCGCUUCUGGGUAAUAGAUGGUCUCUUAUUGCCGGAAGAUUACCAGGAAGAACAGAUAAUGAGAUAAAGAAUUACUGGAACACGCAUCUCAUUAAAAAACUCAAAAAUCAAGAACAACAACCAGAGGAGAAGAAGAAGAAAAAGAAGCAGAAGAACGAAAAGAACAAAAUCAUAACAAAAGUACCAGAAGAUGAUUCGGAGAGGAAGACAUUAGUUUAUCUACCAAAGGCGAUAAGGGUCAACAAGAGUUUAUCAUAUAUAAUACCAAGAAGUGAUAGUACCUUAAACAUGGAAUCCAACUCAGUAAAAACAAGCCAAGAGGAAAAAGAGCAAAGAGAAGAAACAAAAGAGGGAGAGAAUGAUGGGUUUGGAUUGUUCUUUGGUGAACAGUUCCAUGAAGAUUUGGUCAACAACAAUGAGAUGGAAUGGCAAUCUGGUUUUCUUGAGAAAUUGUAUGAAGAGUACUUGCAGGUAUUGAAGAAUGAAGAGAAUCAUGAAAAACUGUUAGAUUCUUUUGCCGAGUCUUUAUUGGUGUGAGUGAGUAAUAUAUGUAUUAUGUAUGACAAAAAAUAUUUUGAAGCAAUUAAGGAAAAUCAAAUAAACUUGCUACCUAAGAAAUAUU